AUGCCAUGGGUGCAGCCAUUAAAAAAUAAAAAAUAAAAAAAUAAGUCAAGAGAUAAAAAGUGGAAAGGAUUUGCUGGAAAGGGAACCCCUGUGCACUGUUGGUAGAAAUGUAAGUAAUGCAGCUAAUGGAAAACAGUAUGGAUGUCCUCAAAAUAUUAAAAAUAGAACUAACAUGAUUUAGUAAUCCCAUUUCUGGGUAUAUAUCUAAAGGAAAUGAAAUUAGGAUCUCAAAGAGAUAUCUUCACUUCUGUGUUUAUUGCAGUAUUAUGUACAAUAGCCAAGAUUUGAAAACAACCUGUCACUGGAUGAAUGGAUAAAGGAGUUUUCUAAGGUGGAAAGCUGAGAAUAGAGAUGUUGAUUUGUACUUCUGUUGUUGCCUUUGAAUGGUGCCUGGCAAAGUGACCUGACUCAGAGCACUUCAUCCAGCAAAUGUUCAACCUAUGUGGACUAGCUGAGUGACAGGUGUUGGUAACUUCUUUAUCCUUCCGGACCAUUCUCAGCAGUCACUGCCUUUCAUGUGAGUUCUGUUACAGAGAGUAAUCAGUGCGAGCAGAGCUCUUUCCCUGAAUGAAUCCAAGUAACCCCAGUGGUUGCCUCCUGAAAUGACCAGCAGACAAACAUCUGUACAGAGGCUGCCCAAAGCAUAAACGCUGGUUCUAACAUACCAUGUCCAGCCGUGGAAGUCCCGGUGUGGAAUUUUCUACGACAACAGUCAGUUCAGUAGCUGUGCAGGCUGGGGACUCCAAAAUCGUUAUAGCUGUCAUAAAGUGUGGCAAAUGGGUACAACUUCAAUUGGCUGAAUCACAGCCCAAUCUUCUAGAAAUUGGACGUAAUCAAGAUGAAACCAAAAAACUUCUUCAUGAUCAUGAACUUCUUUUGGCCAAACUCAAGGCUUUGGAAGACCAAGUUUGGGAACUCCUUCAGGAAGCAGACAAGACAGCUGAAGAGAACAAGGAUCAAAGCCAGGUCUAUGAUGCCAUGGCCAAAACCCUGGGUGAAGCAUGGGCAGCCCUGGUCUCCAUGCUUGAGAGAAGAAGGGAGCUUCUCAGGCUGACUUCUGAGUUUUUUGAAAAUGCUUUGGAGUUUGCCAUUAAAAUAGACCAAGCGGAAGAUUUCCUCCAGAACACUCAGGAGUUUGAGAGUACUGACUCCUUGAAAUCACUUCUUCAACUUCAUGAACAUCACACCAAAGAACUCUUAGAACGAUCUCUAGCCCUUUUAAACAAAAGUCAGCAACUCACUGACUUCAUAGAGAAAUUUAAGUGUGAUGGACCUAAUGUAAAUCCUGAGAUGAUUCAGGGAGCUCAUAACAGCUGCCUGAAGAUCGACAGUCUUCUUGAAUUUCUGCAAGACAGGAGACGACAACUAGACAAGUACCUGAAGCAACAGCAGCAGGAAUUACGUCAGGUUCUGCAGAUAUGUCAGUGGGACCAACAAGAAAGUCAGGUUACUUCUUGGUUUCAGAAAGCUAUAAGAGAUUUACAGGAACAAAGUCUGGGUUCAUCACUUUCAGAUAAUGAAGAGCUAAUUCGUAAGCAUGAGGAACUGAUACUAAAAGCAAAGGAAUGGAAUUCCUCUGUUGAGGAACUGAAGAGUGAGGCGCUUGGGCUUCUGCUCCUCAAGGAGGAUGUGGAGAAAGAAUACCUACAGCUCUCGAACCAGAAACUGAAUCGGCUUCAAGAAGAAUUUGGUCGGCUCAUGGUGGAAAGGAGAACCUGCCUACAAAAGGCAAAUGAUUUUUUUAACAGUGCCAACAAGGCAUUUGAUGUACUUGGACGAGUUGAAGCUUACCUUAAGCUCCUUAAAUCAGAGGGUUUAAGUCUGCCUGUUUUGGCGGCGAGGCAUGAGGAAUUAUACAGAGAAAUUAAAGACUGCACAGCUGAUGCUUUGCAAAAGGGACAAGCCUUAAUCAGCCAAGUAGCCUCCUGCAGCUCUCAGGUGACUGGUGUCCAUGAGAUGAUGGGAUUCAUUAGGAGACGAGUAGAUCAUCUGACCAAAGAGUGUUCAGCACACAAGGAAUUUGCUCUUCAGAGACAGCAGUUAAGAGCCUCAGUGGAGGGCCACCUAAGAAAGGUGGAAAUGUCCAUUCAGAAAAUCAGUGCUAUACUUUCCAAUGCAAUAGAUGUUGGUUCCAGCCUUUCAGAAUCAGAGAAGAUUUUGAGUAAAUAUCUGGAACUAGAUAUCCAAGCUAAGGAGACAUCACAUGAAUUAGAAGCAGCUGCAAAACUCCUGACGGAGACAAAUGAUUUUGAACCUGAUGAAGUGUCAUUGCUUUCUUCUAAAGCUAAAUGGCUAGAGGAAGAAUUAAACAUACUUGGCCAAAGCAUCAGCUCCAGGUCACAAGUCCUGCAAACUUAUGUGGCAUUUCUCAAGUCAUCAGAGGAGGCAGAGGAGCAAUGUCAGAGGCUAAAGGAGUUUUACCAAACUGAAAUCCCACAAAAGGAAGAGGAUAAUGUUGAAGCCAAGCGUCGGUCUGACUCAGUGGAGAAGCAGUGGCAGCUAUUUUUAAAGAAGAGCUUUUUAACUCAGGACCUAGGGCUUGAGUUCCUUAAUUUAAUAAAUAUGGCAAAAGCAAAUGAAAUAUUAAAUGUGAAAAAUGAAGUGCUCAUUAUGGAGAACACCAUGGAGAGCCAGAAGGCAGAAAGGGAAGAACUCAGUCACCUUCGGAUGGCCUGGCAACUUAAAGCCUCUGCAAGCAAGCCCAUGAAACAGCAGUGGGGAGCGUUCAAAGAGCAACUUAGAAAGACUACUCACAACUUGAAACUUCUUCAGGAAGCACUUAUGCCUGUGUCUGCACUUGACCUUGGAGGGAGUCUCCAGACCAUUUUAGGUCUACGGAAAAAGUGGAAUGAAAUGAAGCCUCAGUUCCAGCAACUGAAUGAUGAGGUUCAGUACAUUAUAAAAGAAUCAGAAGAGUUAAGUGGCAAAGGAGCCCCUGUGAAAGAGAGGUCUCAGCAACUGAAGGACCUCAUUCACCUCCAUCAAAACCAGAAAGAGAGAAUUCGAAAUUACGAGGAAAUCCUGUAUAAGACUAUCCAGUUCCACCAAGUCAGAGAAGAGCUGGGACGGCUCUUCACAUCAAGAGAACUGGAGUUUCUAGAACAGCCAAGGGACAUGGAGGAUGCUCAUGAUGCCCAGGUUCUCCUCAGUCGCUCUCGGGAAAAGCAGGAGCAUGUGGACCACCUCCACAAACUGGCCCUUUCCUUGGGAGUGGAUGUCAUCUCAUCAGUGCAGCGGCCUAACUGCUCUAAUGUUUCAGCAAAGAACCUGCAACAGCAGCUGGACGUCCUUGAGGCGGACGGUCUUAAUUGGCGGUCCCAAACAGAAGACUAUGAGCGAGCCUUGGCCCGCAGAGUCCAGCUCUGCGCCACAAGGAAUGAGAUAAGUGAGCUCAAAGAGUCAUUUAGAGAUAUCAAAAAGAAAUUCAAUAAUUUGAAGUUUAAUUACACUAAGAAAAAUGAAAAAGCUCGAAAUCUGAAAGCUCUCAAAUACCAAAUUCAACAAAUUGAUAUGUAUGCUGAGAAAUUACAGGCUUUGAAAAGGAAAAUGGCAAAAGUUGAGAAUAAAACUUUUUUCUUCAAUUAUCCAAAUAAUAAAGUGAAUGUCCUUUUGGAAGCCAUUAAGGAUUUGCAGAAAUAUGUGGAAGAGUUUGACAGAGUUGUGACAGACUACAGGAAGAAUUUGGACCUGACAGAGCAUCUCCAGGAGUUGAUAGAGGAGUGUCACUUUUGGUAUGAAGAUGCAAGUGCCACAGUUGUAAGAGUUGGAAAAUAUUCCACAGAAUGCAAGACAAAGAAAGCUGUGGAAAUUCUCCACCAGCAGUUCAAAAAGUUUAUCACACCCUCAGUGCCUCAGCAAGAAGAAAGGAUUCAGGAGAUCAAUGACCUCGCUCAGCGCUUAUAUGGUUUUGAAGAAGGGCAGAAGUAUACCGAGAAAAUAGUGGCUAAGCACAAGGAGGUUCUCGAAUCUGUUACUGAAUUAUGUAGCUCUCUCACGGAGCUUGAAGAAAAGCUGAAGCAGGAAGAUGUUUUAAAGAUGAAUCUGAGUUUGGAAGACUUCCACGAUGAUUGUGUUGACCUAUUAAAAGAACCAGCGAGAAAUAAGCAGACAAUAUUUGAUAAAGGAAGAAAUAAGGAGCAGGCACCUCCAGCAGACAUCUUGGUGGUUGAUGGAGCAGGAGAGGGUCAGCUUCCACUGGACAUGCAGACACCAGCCCCCAGCAAAGAGGGUACUGUCCAAGGCCUGCCCCUGCUGCAGAAGAUUUCAGAAGACUAUGAGUGUGUCUCUCCGGACGACAUCUCCCUGCCUCCACUCCCAGGAAGCCCUGAUUCCCUCCUGGCUCCAUUGGACAUGGAGGUGGAAGCACCUGCCAGCCCCUCCCCACGCUUUCACCUAAGAAGCCACAGAAGGCAGUCCGGGGCCAGCAGUCCAGGGGAGGCCCCAGAAUCUGGCCUCCUACCACCUGCUGCUUUCGCAGAUGCUUGUGAUGAUGAGAGAGAAACAUUUUCAAGUCAUUUUGAGAAGCCAUACCCCCAGUUCCCAUCUGAGCCCCCAUUAACAUCCCAAGGAUUUCUGGAAAAGAGUACUGCCUUCCACAGAAUCAGUGCUAAACCUCCAGAGAGCAUGCCAAGUGAAGUGCAUGAGCCAGCUUUGCAACAGCACCCCCAGGCGCAGGGAAGUUUUCUAGAAAUACAGGAGAAAAUGCAUGCUGAUAAUAACAUCACUAAAACCCGAUAUAGGCUGCAUGCUUCCCAGGAUGAAUUCUCAGGCCUCGGGUUUCAACCAGGCCCCAGCCAGCCCUGUCAGAGGCAGAUGGUCCCCCAAGAAGAGAUUAAAAGUACAUCAGCAAAGAACAGCAUGGUCAGCCUAGCUGGCCAGGCCCCUAAUUUCUCCAGGCUCCUGUCUAAUGUAACUGUCAUGGAAGGUUCUCCAGUGACUUUGGAAGUUGAAGUAACAGGAUUUCCAGAGCCUACACUAACAUGGUACAAGAAGGGCCAGAAAUUGUCUGCAGACGAGCACUUGCAGGUUUUACACAAGGAGACAAGACAUUUGGUGUUCAUUCCGAAGGUAUGCAAGGCAGACGAAGGCCUCUAUGUGGCUCGGGCCCAAAACUCUAGUGGCAUUCUGUCUUCCAAUGUCAUCCUCCACGUGACAGGUAACUGUAGGCCGCCAAUCACAAGAAUAAACUGGAUCAUGCUGUGUGUCAUCUAUGUUAGCGUGUCGCUGAUAUACUGGCUACUCACACAGUGACCACGGGGUUGGUACCAUGGACAUCAUUCUCAUGAGCCUAAAGGACAACAGUACAGCUCUUUAUUUGCCUGCAUCUCCCACAAAGCACCCCCAUUGUGUGUAUCUCCAUUCUGGCCAUAUUGCUUUUUUGGGUCAUAGCACUGCUUGGUGAAAUGAUCAAAUUUUCUUUGGUGUUUUAAACGUAUCUGAAGAGCUUGGUAAAUCAUUAGCAAUGGAUAAUGAUAUGUUUUUAUAUUCUAGAAAGAGAUGUGUUGACUAUAAAACACAAUCAAAUUAUACUACAUUUAUUCCCUCCUAAUUUAAGAGCAUGCAGAUCAAGGCUCACAUCAGCAUGGAGGUGUGAGUUACAUUUCAAAUCCACUUGUUUGAUAAUCUACUUCUAAUUGUACUCAUAAACAUCUCUUUGUAGAAUAACAGUAGAACUGUAGAACUGAAGUUGUCAUUUUCAUGACUGUGUAAGAUGUCCUUUAAUUUUGCUUUUCCUGUCCUGAUCUCGUUUGUUGAAAUACAUUCUAUGUAGUUUCAACAAAGCCUACAUUCCUGAGUCUGAGGAUGUCUCUGUAAAUAAUCAUUCCUCAUGUUGAUUUCAUGGGUUUGACAUUGGAAAAAGAUGUGCUGUCAGCUUUAAAUGGAGUUUGAAACUUCCAUCAGCUGUGUGUGUCACAGAGCAAGAUGGAACACAGCUGCAGGGGUGGACCAACGCUAUUCCUGUCAUCCCAUUGACGUGUUUUGGGCAGCUAUGGAAAUGCAACUGCAACUAGUUCCUUUUGCUUCUAAUCUUGAUUCGGCUGCUGACCAUUUUCACAGCCUGUGUUAAAGCAUUGUAGUGUGUCAGUUUCCAUUUGGAAAAAUGGGUUGGGUAUCUACCUCUUGACCGAUUUCAUGUCUUGUAACGAUCUGGAAAGUGGAAAGCCCUCUAUGAAGACUAGGGUAAUUAUAUUGUUCAAUAUAAUUUGUCAUCACACUGCCUCCCGCCCACUAUUUCUCUUUCAAUGUUGCCUCCUUAGAAUAUUAGAUGGAAGGAAUGGUGUUAGUUGGAAAAUCUGUAGGAAAAUGAUGUUUUAUGCAUUGGAGUUUAAAUUCCUUUCUAAUUUCUUAAGACAAUAGCCUUUUCAAAGACUUGAAAUUAAACUCAGGAUGAUACAUUUAGUACGAUAUCAGGGGAAAAUUAUAUUAUAGGAUGACUGAAGACAAACGCUAUUCUUACAAUUAUACUGCAAUAUUGAAGAAUGUUCUGUCUUUCUGAAAAAUAUUAUUCAGAAAAAUUAUAAUUAUUUUAGUUCCUUUAAAAAAUACAUAUGUAUAAGAGAAGGCUUUCUUUUUAGAUUGUAACCAUAGUCUUUGUCAUGUUAGGGUGAAAUCUUUAGUUAAAAGAAUCUUCAUUAUAGAUUUUUUUGAUGAAGAGAAGGAAUUAUCUUACUGUAAAGACAGUCUACAAAUAAUAAAAGUAUUUAAAUUUAAUAUAUUCAACUUAAUAGUUGAUACUGGUAUCUGAAGAUGUGAAAUGUGUGACUAAGUAAAAAAAUAGCAUGUAUUUUCUUGUGCUAUGUAUUUAAUUUAAUGAAAAAAUUAAUCUCUUAAUUUUUUUUAUAAAUUUUGACAGAAACCUAUUAAAAAUUUAUAUUUAUAGCAUCCUAGGGAAUUUAUAGUCUCUUAACUCUCCUAUCCUUUUUGUCCAGUUUCAAGCAUUUUGCAUAUCUUGCCAAAUCGCUAUUCCCAUUUGAAGCUAAAGAGUAAAACCUAUUUAUGUCCAAAGAGGGCAGGUAGGACCAGGUAACAAAUUCUUGUCCCAUUCUAUCUCUUUCUUGUUAAUUCAGUGGGAUAUUCCAUCCCAUCUUGUCAGUUUGAUUGAAUUUUUAGUUUGGGGUUGCUAGAGCCUGGGAAUUAUUGGUUUGCUUUACCUGUUGUGUGUCAGUUAAUGUUUAUCCCUGGGGAGCUGAAUGUGAUGUGUGUGUGUGUGUGUGUGUGUGUGUGUAUCCAUGGUGUAUGACCAAGUAAAGAGUAUAAGGUCCCUGAUAUAUUUGAAUUAUAUAUUAGGCACAAGGUUAACAUAUAUGAUAUAUAUACCUUAUAUAUGUGUGAUAAAUAUCACAUAUUUAUAUAAUAUAUACAUAGAGAUCAAAUAUUGGGAAAAAGCAUUAUGCUGAUUUUAAAAUUUAUUUCAGAUAGCUAUAUAUCUAUCUGUCUGUCUAUCAUCCAUCCUCCAUCCAUCCAUUUACCUACCUACCCACCUACCUAUCUAAAUAUUCUUCUGAGAUGUUGACUAUCUAGUAAUUCCCACAGCAAUGAGGAAUAACUAGCUUUUCAGUUAUUCUUCUGGUUAUAUUUUAAUUUCAAAGACUUAAGUGUGAUUAUCCUUUUUGUUAAAUUUUUUGUCAAAAUUUCCCCUUAUAAUGUGAAACAAAAUUAUUGGUUCAAAGUGAAAAACCUAGGAAAUGGAUAUGAUAUUUCUAUUUUAAGAUACAUACAUAAUUUACACCCAUAUACUUCUAGAAUACAUUCUGUACAGUUAGUAGCAUCAAAACACUGUUCAACAAGAAAAUGAAGAUGACAAGGGAAAAAAAAGAAUACGUACUCAACACCUUGAAGGAAUGCAACACAAAAAGUGUUUUGAGCUUCCUCUAAGGCAAAAUCACUGGGUUUUCCAGUUUUGCUUUACUAAUGAAAGGAUGUAUAAACAUUUGAUGGUAAUACAUUCAAUUCAAGGAAAAACUUACCGUAGGAAUCUUUACAUGGUAAAGAUUCUUUGCAAAUCUUUACAAUCUUUCAUAAUAUCUAAAAUAUUUGGGAGAAGAAGCAGGACAUUUUAGCUGUUUCAUUCAAUAAUGCUAACCAUCACUUAUAAUCAAUACACAGGCCUAAAUAGAUUAUUGCAAGAAACUUCUAACUUCUUCACCCAAGUUUAAAUUUCUUCAAGUAGUACACAAGGCCUUUUAGGACUUGGCAUCCCAUCCCAGCCUCUGUUUUAACCCUUCUGACCCCCGCUACAAGUAACCUUCAACUUCAGGUUUUACCCUAUCAUUCUCUUGCUUCUCUCCAGUCCUAUCUUCCCAGAACUCCCUUACUGUAUUCCACCCAACCUCAUGUGGCUUAACUCCUGCUUUUCAUUCCAGGUCCUUUUGAGAUGCAAAUUCCCCCAGGAAGCCUUCUGACCCAUUAAGUUAAGUGUAGAUGUUCCUGCUACAUGUCCUGUCAGCACCUGAGCUGUCCAUGUCAUGUCCCUUAAUAGUUGCAUCAGCAUCACAUGUUUGAGCAUCUGUCUCCUGGCUAGAGUGUGAGGCAUCCUUAUUAGCAGGAUCUGUGACAGCCCUGUUCAUCAUCACAGCCCCAGCACCGGAGAUGUAGUCACACUCAAUAAAUGUUUUUUGAAUUGUUGUCAGAGGUAAGCAAAGAUAAGCCUAGCUUGUUUUUCUUUUCUUUUCUUUCUUUUUUUUUGGAAAGAUGGGUGGGGGGAUGUAAAAAGAGAAAGAUGUAUUUGUCACUUGACUAUUCUUUCCUGUUGUGGACAUUAACCAGUCAGAUCAGAUUCUAGCCAUAAAGUAUGCAUAAAACAUCUUCACUUAAUCUGCAAAACUUAAAUGAGAGCCCUCCAGAUCCCCUGGGCUGCACCCCGAUUGAAAAUUUAAACUUAAAGUGCUGGUGCUAGUAAUCAAAAUAAUACUGAGGAGAGAAGAGGCAAAAUUCAGGAUCACUCUUCCAACAUGUAAAGCAGAUGUAAUCAGGCAUAAAUCACCA